AUGCGGCCGCCACCGUCUUCACCAGCGCCGGCGUCGUUGCUGGAGGCAGCCGAGGAAGCUAUCAUCGUGGCCGCCCUGACGCACGUCCUUGCCAAUGGCCGUGGCGCGACGCUGACGCCGCAUGCGCCGUCGCCCGUCGUGCCGCCGUGUCCGUGGACGGCGACGGGAUGCCACCGUGGGCACGUCGGGCAGGCGGCGUGCCGCGGGGAGCCGUCGCCGUCGGCGCACAUUGGCCUGAUGGCGGCGUCGGCGACGCACGAGCUAGCUCCAAUGGCGUCGGCGUGGCCGCAGGAAGCACAGCGGGGCGCCGCGGCGGCUGCGGCUUCGUCGCGGCGGCGUAGCUACCGCGGGGUGAGGCGGCGGCCGUGGGGAAAGUGGGCGGCGGAGAUCCGGGACCCCAAGAAGGCGGCGCGCGUCUGGCUCGGCACGUUCGCGACCCCCGAGGACGCGGCGCGCGCCUACGACGGCGCGGCGCUCCGCCUCCACGGGAGCCGCGCCAAGCUCAAUUUCCCGGAGGACGCGUCGUCGCUCCGGCACCCGCCGGCCCCUGUGGGCUCUCGGCAGCCUGGCUCCGGCUGGGAUCGCACCUUGGACCGCUCGGCGUGCCCGGAGAUGGUGAAACGGAGGGACAAUGGCCGGUUCUUGGGUUAUUGGAGCAUCGGAACUUGGUCGCCGUCGCCCAAGCCAACAUGUUGA